GACGUACGCGAAUGAUGCAUGCGACAUAGGCAUCGACCAUUGAACUGCACACGACCGACAGUAACGACGAAGGUCAACUUCGGCAGCACUGCGGCUGCGCUUGGUGUCGACAGGGUGCAGUGUGCCAGCAGACCUGCAGCACCCAUGCGCGCGCUACUCGCACUAGCCAUCACCGCCGCCGCGCUCACAGCACCGCAAAAGAAUGUCGAAGUCACGCUGAAAUUAGCCAUGGAUAGAAACGGCGCCGUCGACGACCUCGGCGACAAGGCGGAGCGCUUCACGUCGCCGGCAUCGCUGGAUGCCGUCCACCGGCUGCGCCGCCACUGCGACGCCGUGCUGGUAGGCGCGUCGACGGUCGCACGAGACGAUCCUUCGCUGACCGUGCGGCGCGUGCCGCUCGCGCCGCGGACGGCGCAGCCGCUGCGCGUCGUGCUGGGCCGUGCGCCGGCCGACGCGGGCUUGCUCACAGACGGCCUGGAGACGGUGGUGUUUUCCAAAGACGACGGCCUCGACGGCGCCGGCGCGGCCGCGCUGCCGGGCGUCCUGCGGGAACUCCAUCGGCGAGGCGUCAACCACCUCAUGGUCGAAGGCGGCCCGCAGACCGCACGCUACUUCCUCAGCGCGGGGCUCGUGGACCGGGCCAUCGUCGUGCGGGCGCCCGUCGCGUUCGCGGACAAGCCCGUCCCGUCGGGCAUCACGGCGGCGACGCUGCGGAGCGCGGGGCUAUCCUUCCACUCUCGCCGAGACGUGUCGGGCGACGACACACACGUCUGGACGCGGGGCGCCCACGCGCCGCUGUGGGGGAUGCUGCUCGACCGCGACGAAGAGGAGGACCCGCCAUAAGCGC